AUGAAGAUAGGUGAGUCAGUGAAUGAUUAUUUUGAAAGAGUGAUGGAAACAUCAAAUGACAUGAGUAAUUACAGAGAGAAUAUGAGCGAUGUGAAAAUCGUUGAGAAGAUACUUAGAUCUUUGACAGAAAAAUUCAACUUUAUUGUAUGUUCAAUUGAAGAGUCUAAGGACAUUGAUCUCCUAAUUGUGGAUGAGUUGCAAAGUUCACUACUUAUUCAUGAGAAAAAGGCAAGAGAAAAAGAAGCAAAUUAUGCUGAGUUUGACGAGGAAGAGGAGUUACUCCUAAUGUUUCAUGUCGAAGUUCAAGAUAUUAAACACAAGGGGACAUGGUUUCUAGAUUUUGGUUGCUCAAAUCACAUGAAAGGAAAUAAAAAAUGGUUUGUAGAACUAGAUGAAACUUCCAGUUGUACUGUUGGAUUGGGAAACAACUCAAGAAUGUCGGUAAUGGGAAAAGGAAGUGUCAGGUUUGAAGUGGGUGGAAUCAUUCUAACUGUGAGUGAUGUUUACUUUGUACCUGACUUAACUAACAAUUUGCUAAGUAUAGUCCAACUUCAAGAAAGAUGUCUGAAGAAAGAAAUGGUGAAGGCCUACCAAUGUUCAAGGAAACUACAGGGGUUUGUGAAGUGUGUAAUAUUGGUGAAACAUUUGAGAUAUUCAAAUGCUUCAAGAAUCUGGUUGAGAAAGAAGCUCAGAAACAUAUAUGUUGUUUAUGAACAGACAGGGGAGGAGAAUUCUCCUCUAACAAGUUCAAUCAGUUCUACCUAG